AAUAACACGCGUUCUGAGCGAACGACCGAACUGGAGAGCUACGAUAUCCAACAAUUACAGAUGUGAUACAAUGCGAUUAUUUAUAUGUGAUACUGCAUGGAAAGAACCAUGUCUGAAGCGGGGACUUCAACUGAAAGGAAAAACUAUCGCUGUCAUUGGGGACUCCUCAGUAACUACAGAUAUUUAUCUCGGAAAGCUAUGCUCCUACGUACUGUGGAGAACGCCAGAACAAGAAAGAAGAAGCAAAAUACAAAUCAAAUCCCCAAUAAGAAGAGAAAAAGGACAGAGGAUGAAAAAGAAGCACUGGACACAGCUCAAAGAUUAAAAAAGAUACAGUUAUGUGAAUGGCCCACAGGCACCGAAGUUGAUAGUGCUUUAAAAUCCACAGUCCCAAAGACUCACGGUGUUACAUUUGGUCUGCCAUUGCCCGCUAUUGUUGAGGAUUUUAUAAAAACUGCUUCUGGCAACAACAGGGUAGACAACCAGAAUAUUUCGGUUGACAGAAAGCAGGUUGCGACAGCUCUAAGAGAACAAUGGGAGUUAGACAGUGGUUUCUCGUCUGAGACCAGUCCUCCGGCUAGCGGUCGCUGUACGCCCUGCCACAAUAUGUGUCCGACCACCAUGGUGGCCAUGGACUGUGAGAUGGUUGGUACGGGGCCAGGCGGGCGCACCAGUGAAGUUGCACGUUGCAGCCUAGUGGAUUACCAUGGCAACGUCCUUUACGAUAAGUACAUUCUUCCUCGCCAUCCCGUGACUGACUACAGGACCCGAUGGAGUGGCAUCCAAAAGCACCAUUUUCAGAACGCUCAGCCAUUCCCCGAGGCAAGGACUGAGAUUCUACAAAUACUGGAGGGGAAAGUUGUGAUUGGCCACGCUCUGUACAAUGACUUUCAGGCCUUGGACUUCAUGCACCCAGGUCAUAUGGUCAGAGACACCAGUGGCACAAGUCUACUUAGGCGACUGGCGGGCUUCUCCAUUAAGCGCUGCGUAUCGCUUAAGAUCCUGGCCAACAGCCUUCUUAACAGGCAAAUACAGGUUGGAAGAAAGGGCCACAGUUCAGUGGAGGAUGCCCUGGCUUCCUUGGACCUGUACAAGCUAGUUGAGGAGGACUGGGAACAGGAAAUGCGAGAGAGGAUGAGGGACCGGGAAAGUGGUGCCGUUUCAGACCCCGCUACCUCCAACCACUACAUGCAGGACAAGUACUGGCCUGAGGUCUUGACAGAGGACGCUCUAUGAGAGGCCAGUUUCUGGGACUGAUGGGGAAUGUUCUAGGUCAGGGGAUUCAAGUCAAAACCAAUUGGUCUUCUGACUGGCUGUUGACUGAAAUAUGUGAACAAGAUUUCAGGUCUUUCCCUAUCCGCGGUGUCCUGAGGAAAGUUUGUCAAGCUACGACUCCGAGUUGAAUCUAGAAAGUCUUGUCACGUGACCAGGCUACCGUGGUGACAGCGGAUUGUCCUUAAAGGUGAACUGCACUGCUGUGUCGUGUUGUCAGUCACGAAGCAUUGUGCAAAGUCGGAAAAUAUAUCAAAUAAUCUCUUGUGUUUUUUCUUUAGUCUUAUUUAAUCCUUUUGAAAAAAGAAUCCUAUAUACCACAAACUCUUAAGGUGCUUCAGUGUAAUAGCAAUACUAAUCAGCAUUUAGGUUUCGACCCAACCAAUUUGUCUGAUAUACCCUGACUUUCAAUGAGCAUCCAGCACCCAAGUGACCUCGCUUUACAAUGGAUGGAUAGGCUUUAGUUUUGAAUGGUCUUGUUUGUAAGUGCAUAAAGUUUGAAUUACCAUGCAGGUAAUUGCCCCACUUAUCAACAUUAAAAGGCUGUUUACUUGUAUGAAAUGUUUUUUGGGAGCAUCAAAUGGAGCUUUGUAUUGUUGUAUUAUGAGAUUUGCAUGGAGUUUUAGAGGUUGUUGUUUAAAUAAUCAGGUUUUCUUUGCAGACCUUAUUAGUCUUAUGUGAGACGUGUUGGAGUUGAAUUUCAGUAAUUGCUGCUCUUAAGUGUUGAAUUUGAAUGCACAUGCAAUGUGUUGCACUUACAUUAAAUCAUGGUUCUUUCUGAGUGGGCACACAGACCUUAAUGAAGGUGCUAUGCAGGGUGUUACCUUUUUAGGUUGAACAUAAGUUAUGUUUGCUUUAAUGACUGCUUAACUUGAUGUUAACAAUUUCUUGCUUGAAAUUACAACAUUGCAGGAUGACAUUUCUCAUCCGAACUGGUCCAUGCCUCCUAAUUGUGAACCACACUGGCAAACUGACAUUUUAUAUUGAUGUUCUGUGACAACCCUGCUUUAUUCCAUGUUUUUAUUGCAUUUAUUGGAAUAAAAUGAUUUACUUAACUUA